UUUAAGAUGGCAAGAUUUUAAUUUUAGGCUGGUAACCUUGGCCUAAUUUGUCAACCUAAAAUUUUGGUAAAGACAUUUUAAAAACUCCAUAAAAUUCUCAUUGUUUAUUUAUUGUUCUAUGGAAAUUUCUUGUACCUUCGCAUUGAGUUCACGUUUUCUAUAUCUUCAUAACAAUGUCUCACUUGUGUGAUUGUAUAUCUGAAAGAAAUUUUGACGUAAACAGGCCAUCAGGUGCACAACUUUCCACGUCGCAACCUUUUCGUUCUAAAAGUUCUUUAAAUAACAGGAUUCAAGAACAUCAGAGCCACUGCAACAGCAAAAAGGGUCAAAAGAUACGGCAUAAACAAUCACAAGGUGAGGCUGGAGUUUCUUCACAAACAUUUACUAAUUCGUCAAUUAGUGAUAUAUCCACACAGUGCCAAAACAUAAACAUAAACAGUGAAAAUGAUGAAGUAGACCAGGGAGACAAUCCAACUUUAUCAAAAAAGAAGAAUUCAAAGAAAAAAGAAAAGCGAAAAAAUUUGAAAAUAGUGUCAAGAGAAGCUGAGACAAUGAAUAUGCCACACACGUCAGACUUCCAGGUAGGAAGCUCUGGACAGAGUGAUGUUGCUUCAUUGAAAGACUUCUUUGCUCAUCAAAUAAGUCCCCUGUAUGCCUCCACUAAUUCUAGGUACCUAGAGAAUCUUCGCCAUCAUCCUCAGUUUCAGGUAUCCCAAAGUAUGCAGGCAGCAAACCAAUAUUUGUCAAAUACCCUACAUGCUGCAAGUGUUCCAAACACUCCAGUUUUUCAUUCAAUUGUGAACCCAACAUCCUUAAGUAUACCAAAUUCACCAAUACCUGCAGUUGAAACGAUGACUCGUAAAUGUUAUCAGAAUUUUUUACAACAUCCAUUACUCAGCAAAUCUUUUAAUGUGAGAAAUAAGGGUGAACAUUUUCAAAUGAUGGUACCAGGAGAAAUUGCAGGUACUUCUAAUUCUAAUUCUCAAAAUAAAAAACAGAAUAAGAAAAAGGAUCCUGUUGAUAAUAAAUUUGAACCAUACAUAACUGCUGAAAAAAUGGAAGCUGGAUUAAAGGAGAAUAUAUACAUUGAAGGAGUACUUAGGAUAAACCCGAAACAAUUUCAACAUGCCUAUGUUUCAAGUAGUGGUGACAGAAGUGAACAAGAUAUUCUUAUUGAUGGGAUAAAGAACCGCAACCGUGCCUUGGAAGGUGAUGUUGUUGUAAUUGAGUUUAUAGAGAGUGACACUGGUGAUAAUGCUGAAGAAAGUAACAACAAACAAAAGAAGGGGAAAGUGGUAUACAUCAAGGAAAUAGUUCAUAAUAGAAAUUGUAUUGGAUCCUUGAAAUUAAUGCCAGAUAAAAAUAGGCAAAAAGCAUUGUUUAUUCCUCGUGAUCUCAGAAUUCCGCGACUUAAUAUACCUUGUACAAGUUGGCCUGAUCAUUUUUAUGCAGAGGCUAAAACAUAUGAAAAUACUUUGUUCUUAGCCAAAAUAAUUGAAUGGAUAGAUACUAGAUUUGCUAUUGGGAAAAUUGUUUGUAAUAUAGGACAAUCUGGAGACAUGGUAACAGAAACUAAAGCUAUAUUAGCUCAAACAGAUUUAGAUGUCACUCCUUUUGGCCCAGAGUAUAGACAUUUGUACCCUCGUUUAGAUUAUGAAAUACCAGAUGAGGAGAUUGCACUCCGUGAGGACUGCCGCAAGUUAUGUGUAUUUAGUAUUGAUCCAUUUAAUUGUCGAGAUAUUGAUGAUGCUGUGUCUUGCAGACAACUUGCAAAUGGAAAUUAUGAGGUUGGAGUUCAUAUAGCUGAUGUUGCACAUUUUUUAACAGAAGAUACUCCAUUAGAUGACAAAGUAGCAGAUAAAGCUACAACUAUUUAUUUGGUAGAAAGAGCUUAUCACAUGCUACCUGAUGAACUUUGCAUGCUUUGUUCUUUAUUCCCUGGUGUUGACAAAUUGGCAUUUUCUGUAUUUUGGGAAAUUACUGAGGAUGCAAAGGUAAUUAGUCACAGAUUUUCUAAAACAGUAAUUAAUUCUUGUUGCCAACUUGCAUAUGAGCAUGCUCAGUCAGUACUUGAUGAUAAGGAAGACUCUAAGACAAGUUUUCCUGAAACUUAUAAUAACUUUGCCUAUGAGGAUAUUUCCAAAGCAAUUAAAAUUAUUGCUAGCAUUGCAAGGAAAUUUAGAAGGGGAAGAUUUGACAAUGGUGCUUUAAGAAUUGAUCAGCCCAAAGUUUCUUUCCAUUUGGAUCCUGUUAGUGGUUUGCCUGACUCAUAUUGGAUAAAUGAAAGCAGAGAAAGCCAUCAACUUAUUGAAGAAUUUAUGUUACUUGCAAAUAUGACAGUUGCUGCGCGAAUUAAGGAGGAUCAUCCAUCACUGGCAUUUUUAAGGUGUCACCCAAAACCUAGUAGUUACAUGUUGAAACAACUAGCUAAGUCCUUACAGCUAAUGGGCAUUGAAUUGAACAUCAACUCAGCUGGAGAGCUACAUCGUUCACUGUUGGAACAUACUGGCCCAGAUUGUACAGACAAGGGAAAAGAGAUGGUUUUGAACAUGUUAUGUGCUAAACCUAUGACGAGAGCAAAAUAUUUUUGCGCCUAUGGAUGCCACGAUGAUGACUUCCAUCAUUAUGCUUUAAAUGUUCCACUUUAUACUCAUUUCACUAGCCCUAUAAGAAGAUAUGCUGACAUUAUGGUACACAGGUUGUUGGCGGCUAGUUUAAAUUAUCGAGAAACCCCAAAAUGGCAUGUUGACAAAGUACGUAUGAUUGCUGCACAAUGCAAUAAACAAAAAUAUAAUGCAAAAAAAGCAAGUGAAUUAUCUACAGAAAUGUACACACUCAAGUACAUAGAAAGAAACUCUCCUGUAGUGACUGAUGCAGCUGUUGUAGAAGUGAGGGAAAAAUACAUUGAUGUCAUAAUUAUAGCAAUGGGAUUGAACAGAAGAAUAUUUUUUAAUAAUGAUUUUCCUGGAAAAUACCAAUGCAUUAAAAACGAUUGUGCUAAACUUUCCAAAAUGGAAAUAACAUGGAAUGCUGUUAAUGAUUCACCCCCAGUGAAACAAGUCAUUCAAGUAUUUUCCAUUUUACAAGUGGAAUUAUACAGGGGCGAUGAGAUGGUAAAAGUUGAAACCAAACUUGUGAGGCCACUGCCAGAAGUAUCAUCUUAAUGACGACAAUAAUAUUGUCUACAACAUAAUAUUAUGACUACCUGUUUGUUGUGAUAAUUUGUACCUAAAAGAAUGAAUUACUAUUUUUAGAUCGAAGCAAGAUUAUGGUUUUGUGCAAAUGCGUUUUUCUAGCAGAUUAUUAUAGAUGAAAUUCUUUAUGAAAAUAUGUGAGAUCUUGUAGGUACCAAAUUUUAAAUUUAGGUUUCCUAUGUUUGUGUGGUAUUUUACUCAAUUUUUUUUUAUAAUGAAAUAAUGUGUGAUUUUUUAAUUUGACUAGCUAUUUAUAUUUAAUGUGUGGUAUUUUCCUUAUUUACUGUUAGACAUUUUACUUAGUACAAGUAAAUAAUAAAAUAUUUUCUUAGUUUUAGGGCAAAAUGCUCAAUCAAUGCUUGACUUAUUACAAACUGCUGUAUUUUAAAUAAUGAAAUUGUACAUAAUGUAUUGUUAUAUUUUGCCUAAUUAAAUAAUCUAUAGGAGGAA